AUGAUUCCUGCUCUUCUGCUUGCAUUCGUUCCAUCCGCGCUUGGCAUCUCCAUCUGGGGACAGUGCGGUGGUCAAAACUGGUCUGGCAGUGGCAGCUGCGACGCAGGCUUGUCUUGUGCCAGUGUCAACCCUUACUAUUAUCAGUGUGUCUCUGGCACAGCUGGAGCUACUACAACCUCGACAAAACCAGUCACAACCUCUGCCAGACCAACCACUACCACUUCUGGCGCAGGCACGACUCUCACCACGUCCCGCACGGCAACGGGUACUGCUUCAACAACCUCAGCUGCAGGCUCGACCAAUGUUGCUGGAAACAUCUUUGCUGGUAGACAGAUCUACGCAAACCCUUACUAUGCUUCUGAGAUCGCCGCCGCAAUUCCAUCUCUCCCAAGUAGCCUUCAGGCUAAGGCAAGCGCUGUUGCGAAAAUCGUCCCUACGAUGGACACAUACCUCAGCAACAUUGAGAAGCUGAACGCUGCUGGCGGUUCUGAAACCAUCGGCGCAUUCGUGGUCUACGAUCUACCCAACCGUGAUUGCGCUGCUCUGGCCUCCAACGGAGAGCUGACCGUCGCAAAUGAUGGUCUUACCAAGUACAAGGCAUACAUCGAUUCGAUUGCUGCUAUUGUCAAGAAGCACUCGUCGACCAAGAUUGCUCUUGUAAUUGAACCUGAUAGCUUGGGUAACUUGGUCACCAAUGCGAACGUCGCCAAGUGUCAGGAGGCUCACGAUGCUUACAUCAGUAUGUCUACCAGAAAGUCCGUUCAUGAUUAUCAGGCUAAUAUGACUAGGNNCGGUGUCGAAUAUGCAAUCAAGACUCUGAACUUUGAUAAUGUCGCAAUGUACCUCGAUGGAGGACAUGGUGGCUGGCUUGGAUGGCCCGCCAACAUUGGCCCGGCCGCUGAUCUCUUCGCAAGCAUUUACACAGCUGCAGGCAAGCCCAAGGCUGUCCGAGGAAUUGCUACUGAUAUCUCCAACUACAACGCCUAUCAGCUUGCCACAGCUCCUUCUUACACCCAGAGCAACCCCAACUUCGACGAACAGCGUUACGUCAACGCUCUUGCUCCCCUCUUGACAGCCCAAGGCUUCCCAGCACACUUCAUCAUCGAUCAAGGACGUUCGGGCGUUCAGCCAACAUCACAAUUGCAACAGGGAGAUUGGUGCAACGUCAUCAAUACUGGCUUCGGUACUCGCCCCACUACAAACACUGGCGACCCGCUUGUGGAUGCAAUUGUCUGGGUCAAGCCUGGCGGUGAAUCUGAUGGAACCUCCGACUCUACUUCUCCCAGAUACGAUGCCCACUGUGGAUAUGCCGAUGCUCUUAAGCCUGCUCCCGAAGCUGGCACUUGGUUCCAGGCAUACUUUGAGCAAUUGCUCAAGAACGCAAACCCUGCAUUGUGA